AUGCGCACUAACUCUACGCGGGCCAUCAGCAAAUACAACCUCCUUCAUGAUCCUCUGAUGAUGGACACUAUCACAGUUGGAGUGAGGCUGAGGCCACUGGUGAACGAUGAAACAGGUGAAGUAAAGUGGACAGUUAACGAGAAGUCAGUCUCACCCAUAGACUCCUCUGCCUCCUAUGAGUUUGAUAAUGUUUUUGGACAGGACGUGGUAACUGAAACCAUUUUUAAUGAAAUAGCACAGCCUGUUGUCAACGAUGCAGUCAGAGGAAUCAAUGGUACUAUAUUUGCGUAUGGUCAGACGGCCAGUGGUAAGACCUAUACAAUGAUGGGUGAUGACAAAGCUCUUGGAAUCAUUCCACUGGCGAUACUGAACCUUUACGAUAUCAUCAAGAAACAAGUAAUGAGAGACUUUAUUGUUCGUGUUAGUUAUUUUGAACUUUAUAACGAGAGUAUCACUGACCUCCAGAACACCAGCAGGACCAACCUACAGCUGAGGGAGGGGCCUGGUCGUUUGAUUGUUCAUAACUUAACAGAAACAGAAUGUGUCACUGUUGCUGAUGUACUGCAGGUGUUAGUAGCCGGAAGAAAUAACAGAACUGUGCGAGAGACUAAGAUGAACACAGCCAGCAGCAGAUCUCAUGCAAUCUUUACGAUAAUCAUUGAGAGUAAGGACAUCAGCCAAGACAAGGACAUAGUGCAGGUCUCGUGUCUGAAUCUUGUUGAUCUGGCGGGGAGUGAGAAAGCAUCAGCUGCUAUCAAUCAGGCAGAGUUCAAGGAGGGGCGGAGCAUCAACCUGAGUCUAAUGACUCUAACCAGUGUCAUAUCUAAACUAUCAAUGAAAUAUGACGGUCACAUACAGUACAGGGACUCCAAACUGACGAGGUACUUGCGUCAUUCGCUGGGAGGAAACUCUAAGACAGUUAUUAUUUGUAACAUAUCACCACUGGCACUGGAGGAGAGCCACUCCACUCUUAAGUUUGCUCAAAGAGCAAAGAAGAUAUCCAACAAGCCGAUUGUAAAUGAAGUCUUCUUAAGUGAAGUGGCCAUGCAGAGGAAGAUAUCAAAGUUGAUUGAAGAACUUAAUUUGAUGAAAGCUGAAAACAAAAGAUUAAAGAAAGAAUUGAAUAAAGAUGAAGAUAUGACAGAAGAUGAUGGUGUUGCUAUGGAUACUCCUUCUUCAUUUGUUGCUGAUAAACAGCUGGUACUAGACAGUCCUUUGUUUAACAAGCACAGGUCAUUCACCACACCCACUGCCACGCCCAGUGUAAUGGCCACACCCUCCAGCACUGUUCCAUGUAGAACCUUCAUUCUGCCUAACGUUACCUUGAGACGGAAGAAACCAUCAAGAGGAGAGGAGACCUUAGAGUCACAAUCACUGCUUCCAUUAUUUGAUGAGUUCAGUGUUGAUGCCAGUACCCAAACUGAUAGCGAAGCCACACCCAUUGCUUGCAUUGAUCCAGAGAUUACUCUACAAGCCAUGAGGAACAUUAACGAGUGUGUCUUUGUCAAUAUGGACGCCUCCUUCAAGUGUCCUCAUUAUAACGAACUGAAAUUAAAUGAAACUAAACUGGAAGAGCUUCAGUUUAAACUUGAUGAAAGUGAAGUUAAAGCACAAGAAGUAGAGGCAGUGCUAUCAGCAGAAAUUGAUCAACUUAAAUCUGAAAUUAUCAGUGACAAUCAAGUCUACAGUAUUAAUACUAAGAAGUACAAGGAAUUGCUAAAUGAACAGGCUUUACAAUUUGAAUCGAAAAUGAAUUUGAAUGAAGAGAAACAUGAAGCUGAGUUGAAGGAACUUAACGAACUAAUGUCUAAUAAAAGUGUUGCUAUGGAGACUGAAGUUUCUGGUUUACGUAAAUGUUUGGUGGAGGCUGAAGAGAAACUCGGAAUUAAAUGUAAAGAAAUUGAAGAUUUGAGACUAGAAAUGAAUGCUGAAAAUGAGAAAGUAGCUUCAUUAGGUCUACAAUUUGAAGAAGUGACUGAUUCUGAAAGCAGUGUUUCUAAAGGACUAAUAGAAAAUAUGACAGAAAUGAUUGCUGUUAUGAAGGAAAAUGAUGCUACAAUAUCUUCAUUGACUAAUGACAUACAGGAAUUGGAGGAAGCUAGAGAUGCUAUUGUUAUGAAGUGUAGUGAACUUGAAGCUGAUAAUCUUGAAAUGAAAGAAAAUUUUCAGAAAAACAAAGAGCUUGUACAACGGUACAGAACUGAAAGAAAUAUUUACCGAGAGAAAUAUGAAGAACUGAAAUCUGAAAAUGCCAGUCAAACAUUGAAAGAGCAAGAAACUGAGUCUGUGGAAUGUUGUAAGUUGAAGAAUGAAAUCAAGAGAUUACAGGAAGAGUUGUGUGAAUCUAGACAGAAACUGAAAGAUCAAGAAGCAGUUCUUGUUGAAAAGGACAGCAGUAUAGAACUGAUAUUAACUGAUAAUAAACGUCUACUGAAAAAAAAUUCUGAAUUGAUAAAUACGAGAGUGCCUAAAGAUCUUUAUAAUGAAAGUCAAAGGAGUUGCUUGAAAUUAAAAGAAGAAAUAUUCCAAUUAAAUAAAACUCACGAGAAACUCAAUGAAGAUGUCGCUAGAAUCAGAAAAGAAAGGAAUAUUUAUCGUUUUAAAUAUGAGGACACCAAAGAGCCAGCAGCACCAAGCCCUGUUGCUAUGCAACCAGUGACUCCUAAACUCAUGGAUUGUUCCAGAUUCUCGUACAUGCAAAAAGUGCCACCCACUGCCCCUGUAGCUCAGACCACACCCAUUGCCCCACCCCUUUUAUCUUCUAAUAGGUCCUAUGAACCUGCUGAACCAGUCAAACCAGAAGCACUUGCUCUUGAUAAAGGUGCUGCUGACGAGAAUGAUGAUCCUUCUAUUGAAGGACCUUGUGAAUACGGAAAACCUGACAAUCCCUGCCUGCAGCAAUAGAUGCAACACUUAAUGCAAACGUACUCAAUUUUAUUUAACAUGAUCAUGCACCAGAUAAUGGCAGAUAUUAUAUCAAUACUUAUUUUUUGUAAAUCAA